AAAAAGUCUAGAUAGUGAAGACAAAGAGCAAGAAAUGAAAGAAGAGAAAGAAUGAUGGAAUGAAGAAUGAAGUUUUGGGAGGGGGUGGUGAUCCACUUGAGCCAAUGAAGAACAAGAAAGGAGGAUUUCAGGGAGGAUUUCAGGGAGGGUGAAGCCCUGAAGUCACAGCUCACCGUUUCAGUAUUCACAGAGAAGGACAGCAGAAGACCCACCUCACGAGGAAACACAAGGAUGAAAGAGAAGGAUGACAAACAAGACAACAGAUGACGCUGCUCAAGGAGGCCUAAGAAAUUCUCCUAUCUGUGUUUCCAAAGGAGGCUUAUAUUAAUAACACAAGGUGGACAUAUUUAUUGGACUAAGCCUGACUUAGAGACACUUGCAACCAACUCACCUGUGUUUACUGGCAGAGGGAAGAGCUCUGAGGUUCCUGUCUGAGACAUUCCCAGGCUCAGACAGAAACAUGCCCUCCUCUUCCAGGAUCAAUUAUUCAUAAGCGUUAGGUUUCCUGUGUGUCAGGGUAGAACAAGGUGGGUUGCGGUGGCACAAGUCCAAACUGUGGCACAGUUUGCUGUGAGACAAGAGCUGAAGGAGCGGAAAACGGGACAAAAAAAGAUAGAAGACACAGACGGCAGAUUGAGAGAGACUGUGUCAGAAUUGGCGAUCAAGGGGUGCAACAGCAGAGGAGAAUAAUUUGAGUUUUUGUUUGGCAUUGGGGAGAAUGAAGGCUCUACAGAAGAACCAGGGACGCACUGACCAGAUGUUGGGAGCCAUGGCUGACGUGCUUACUUCCGUGGCCAUGCCCAAUCAACAGUGGCUCUCAGAGGGGGGUGAGGCAGACCUCCCAUCAAGCGAGGAUGAAAAGGGGCCUGUCCAGGGCCAGUGGGAGCCAGAGGGGCUGGAGUGGGAGCAACAGGCCACUACUACAGAAAACCCAGAGCCGAGAGAAAGAACAGACUCGUACUCAGCAGCAGGCAGCGAGGGCAGCAUCUCCACCUCUGUGGCGUCGCUGCCCCCACAGGCAUCAGGCAGCUCGGCCCCCAGCUCCCCAGGCUCCAGACGCUCGGUGAGCACCCUGAAAAAGUGGCUCACAAACCCUGUCCGCAAACUCAGUGCUGGGGCCACUGCCAAAGGAGAGCGUCAGGUCCGCAAACUUGAGGGGAAACCUCCACCUCUUCCAUCCCACAGCCAGGACCUGGGCAGCUCCCAAAGGCCCGAUGACACUGUCAGCAUCCUGCCUGUCACCCACAGAGAACUGGAGUGGAAAGAUGGCCUGGCAAGCCCUGAGGACCUGUCACCGGCUACUCUCCAGUCCCCCAGCUACAUAACUGACUCACUGAUUGGCUGUACGUCACUGCCAAACACCCAGGACACUCAGUCCACCAGUAUUUUGCCAGAUGACAGUGGCUCAGUGUUGAUGGACGACACCUCCAGCCAAUGGUCAGCUGCAGCUGACACUGAGGAGGAGAGGAGAAGUGCCUUGGAGAAAAGCAUGUAUGUACUGAAGGAGCUUAUUGAGACAGAGAAGCACUAUGUGGGAGAUCUGGGGCUCAUUGUGGAGGGUUACAUGGCCACAAUGAGCUCCAAAGGUAUACCGGAGGACAUGAAGGGAAAAGAUAAGAUUGUUUUUGGGAACAUUCACCAAAUAUUUGACUGGCAUAAAGACUACUUCCUGGGAGAGCUGGAGAAGUGUUUGGCAGAGCCAGAGAUGCUGGCUCAGCUCUUCAUUAAACAUGAGAGGCGUCUGCAUAUGUACGUUGUAUACUGUCAGAACAAGCCCAAGUCGGAACACAUUGUCUCAGAGUACAUUGAGACUUACUUUGAGGAGUUGCGGCAGCAGCUGGGCCACAGGCUGCAGCUCAAUGACCUGCUCAUCAAACCUGUCCAGAGGAUCAUGAAGUACCAGCUGCUGCUCAAGGACUUCCUGAAGUAUUACACCAAAGCAGGGAUGGACACGGAGGAGCUGGAGAAAGCAGUAGAAGUGAUGUGCUUUGUGCCAAAACGCUGCAAUGACAUGAUGAAUGUGGGCCGACUACAAGGCUUCGAGGGAAAGAUCACAGCCCAGGGCAAACUGCUCCAGCAAGACACCUUCACGGUUUCUGAGCAGGACAGUGGCUUCCUGUCACGAGCCAAGGAAAGACGGGUCUUCCUGUUUGAGCAGCUGGUCAUCUUCAGUGAGCCCAUUGACAGGAAGAAAGGUUUCUCACUCCCUGGUUACAUCUUCAAGAACAGCAUCAAGGUGAGCUGCCUGGGGGUGGAGCCCAGCGUGGACGGCGAUGAUACUCGGUUUGUGCUGACGUCACGUAACCCUGAUGGCAGUGUGGUGCGCUUCCUGCUGCAGGCCUCUUCCCCUGAGAUCUGCAGGGCCUGGGUCAACGAUGUGGUUCAGAUCUUGGAAACCCAGCGCAACUUCCUAAAUGCCUUACAGUCACCUAUUGAGUACCAGCGGCGAGAGAGCAAGUCUAAUAGCCUUGGCCGCAGCAUGAGGCCUCCUCUGUCUGCUGCCAGUGCCCUGCGGCCCCACUCCUCUGCCUCUAUUGACCGUCAUAAGCUGCCCUCCCUUCACUCUCACAACACCUCCUUGCCCACGCUCUACCUGCCCAGCCAAGGCCAGGGCCAAGGACCCAGCGAGACAUACUCACUGCGCGACACCACUGUGGUCCAGCCAUGCCCUGCUGACUCCCACACUGUUUCUCCAUCACAUGUCCAACUGGGCUUCACUGAUCAGCCAAGCUGUCAAGCUGUGUCAAAUGGGCUGUACACACCCACCACACAGAGUGCACAGCAGAGAGCAGGAGAGGGCUGCCGAAGGGGCCAGGCCGUUGACGCUGGGAGCCAGGGUCCACUUUCAGGCCCCUCAGCUGGACGACGGCCCAGCAACCUGGCUCAGCUAGCUGAGGAUGACCUAUGAACUCUCACACUGUCAGUCUCCCGGGUCAGGAAGACAGCAGCUAACACUACAGCUGUGGAGACAAGAAGACUUGUCUACUGUCUGUUUAUGCCAGGCUGGACCCUUAUCGGGUUCAACAAUGAUUUUUGGAGUUUAAUGAAGGAACCUGAAGGAACAUAUGAAGGAAUUAUGAGCUGCAACUAUAAAAAGACUCAGCUCCUGUUUUCAGAGAGCCGUUUAAAGGGAGGCGACUAGCCUCGGCCACCUUCAGUGUACAUGAACAGCACCCAGUGGGAUGUUACUGGGCUCAGAGUAAAAAAAAAAAACUCUCAGUGGACACUCAGAGUUAUCAUAUGUAAUUUCUGCUUUUUACCUUUUU